AUGUGCAGCGACUGCUGUGCUUCUCCUUUCUUUGCUCUAACAAUUCUGCGUCCUCCUUUGCUGCCAACCGAGGCGAGGCAGGCGGAAGCGCCAUCAGCAGCAACAGGGCCCGCGGACGUUUUUGGCAAGCGAGAUGCAUGCAGUGACGGAGGAAGCAGCAGCAGCACCCCACACCCAUCGCCGGCGCGGCAGCAGAAGCUCUCAGAUGCGUUGGAUAUCAAGUUUGGCGAGCGAGGGCAACAGCGCGAUCCACACAAGGCAGUAGCCAUGCUGGAAGACCUUGUUAAGGAGAUUUCGACGGACUCAGUGGCAGCGCAGGCUCUAUGCGAGCUAGGCGACUUGCAUUUAUCAGGUAUCCCCAGCCGACUGGCCCUCCGUCGUGACACUGCUGCCGCCGUGCGGUACUUUGCUGCCUCUGCCGCUCUAGGCUAUGGCCCUGCAUUGCACGCGCUAGGCUUCGCUCACGCUACAGGUGUCGGGGGUGUGCAGCGCAAUGACAAAGUGGCAACGCAGCUGCAGCUCCUGGGGGCCCUCACCGGUUACGUUCCUUCCCUCCAAUCCACCGCCUUCCGGCGGCGCCUGCCUACGCUACCCUACGUGUCUGUUGCGCUUCAGCAAGUGGCUGAGACCGUUGGAGAGCAACAGCUGCGCAACCCUCUGAUUCCUUUGCUGCCGCUCCCGCCCUCCGUCCGCUUUUCCGAGCACACCAAGACGGAGAGGCGAGAACAACAAAACGCUCAAAGACAGCAGGAUGACGUCCUGCAAUACUGGGAGGCGCAAGCUAAGAAUGACGACCCCGUGGCAUCCUAUGAGCUUGCAAAGCUCCUCGAGCAGCAGCAACAACAGGAGCAGCAGCAGAGUCCUGCUGACGACGCCAGAAAGCGGCGCGUGGCAGAGCUCCUUCAGAAGGCCGGAGAGAGCAAUAUGGGCGCGGCACUGCGCGACUUGGCCCUUGCGCAUCUUCACGGCAAUGGAGUGCCUCAUGAUGUAGGAAAAGCUGUCGAUCUUCUUCACAAGGCCGCUGCAGCAGGUGAUGCUGACGCGCAAAACUAUAUUGGGUACUUUUACUGGGUUGGGACCGAGGAGGGGCUUGACGGGAGCAGUAGCAGCAGCAGUGGUCAGAGUGGGGGUGGUGGUUCUGUGCUUAAAAAAGAUCCUGUGAAGGCGGAGGAAUACUUCUCCAUGGCAGCACUACAGGAACACCCUGAGGCCUUUUAUUUCCUGGGCGAGAUCAAGCAACACCAGGCGAAUGAAGUGAAGGAUGAGAAGGAGAAAAGCACUGCUUUCAAGACAGCAGGAGAAUUUGGAGCAGGGGCAGAUAGCAUUCGACGUGCCCUUCAGCUCUACUAUGAGAAGGAUUAUGAUGGAGCGCUGCUCCUGAGCCUAGCAGCGGCGGAAGAGGGCAUUGAGGUCGCUCAGUGGAACGCAGGCUUUCUUCUGCGAUCAAAGGUUGCAACGAUCCCCGGUGGUUCUGUUGGCGCUGCUCAUGUUACUGCUGCAGACUCGCAGCAAAAGCAGCAGCAAACAAGCCCCCACAUGCCCCCCGCGCUGCUCGAGCUAAUGCCCAGCGAUGGCGCAGAGCAGCAGCAAGAGCACCAGUCCCAGCAGCAGCAGGGACAACACAUGAGUUUGGUGUACAGACUCUUCAACCGAGCUGCCCUGCAGGGCAACGUGCAGGCCUUGCGAGAGAUUGGUUUGAUGCAUGCAAACGGCGAGGAGGGGGCCACCAGGGACGAGGGUCUCGCUUUGCAGGUGCUGAUGCGGGCACUUAGCCUUGGUGACCUUCAGUAA